AUGGCUCCGUCCCUGGAGGAUCCGACUGUGGUCUCCUCCUCGCCACGCUUCAUUGUCCCAAAGCAUGACGCUCACAAGAACAUCCACAACAAGUUCCAGUACACACCAGGACGGACUCCUGUCGAAAACCAUGAUGACUACCCUCACAAUGACUUCCUACCCACCUUCCCCGACAUCCAUUGGCCCCCUCUGCAAGAGACUCCCUACGAAGACAGGGGCCUCCACGGCGACCCGCAGUUUCGCCAUCUCCUCCAAGACGCAACCGACGUUUUCGAUUACACGCCCAAGAUCGGGACCGAAGUCCACGGCAUCAACCUAGCCAAAUUAAACGACCAGCAGAAAGACGAUCUGGCGCGCCUCGUCGCCGUCCGCGGCGUCGUGUUUUUCCGCAACCAAGAAGACUUCGACAUCGACGCACAACGAGAACUAGGUCGACACCUGGGCAAGCUACACAAGCACGCCACGACCGCCGUACCGCGGAAACAAGGACUGGAGGACGUCCACGUGGUCUACACGGGGGACAACUCCAGUGACCAGCGCGCACUUUUCACCCCGAGCUUCCUCUGGCACUCGGAUGUGACCUACGAGAUUCAGCCGCCGUCCUAUACCUCGCUGAAGCUGCUGACGGGACCUCCCCGCGGCGGCGGCGGCGACACCCUCUGGGCAUCGCAGUACGCCGCGUACGAUGCGUUGUCCAGCCACAUGCAGACGUAUCUCAAGGGCCUGACGGCGCUGCAUUCGGCGGACAUGCAGGCGUCUGACUCGCGCGCGCUGGGCCGGCCCGUCCGCCGCGAGCCCGUCACAACCGAGCAUCCCCUUAUCCGAACGAACCCGGUGACUGGCUGGAACAGUCUGUUCUUCAACCCGGGGUUUGUGACCAAGAUCGUCGGCAUUCCGAAGACCGAGAGCGAUGCUAUCAUCCGGUAUCUCACGGAGGUGGUAGCGACUACGCAGGAGGCGCAUGUGCGCUUUCAAUGGGGCAAGAAUGAUGUUGCGAUUUGGGAUAAUCGGACGACUAACCAUUCCGCUUCGUACGGCUUUGCGCCUCAUCGACGGCACGCUGUCCGCGUUGCGUGCCAUGCGGAGCGCCCAAUUCUCGAUCCUGCAGGGAAAUCUCAGGAGGAAGAACACAUUGCGACAUACAAUUUGCCGCCGGUCGACAAGGACGGGUCGCGGCAGUCGAACUACAACGACUGA